GAUGGAGGUUAAAAGGGCCCGCCUCUCCUCCAUUGUUUCCUGGAAAUUUCCGUUGCCUCUCCCUCUCUCUCUCUAGCUCACCAGAAAACGAUUAGAAAAGUCUCAAACUUUGUGUUCCGACCGAGAAACCAACAUUGUUUUUUGGCCAGGGUAGAAACCAAAGUCUCCCAAUUUCGCUAAUCCCCUCACUUUGGGUUUAAUGAUCAUAAUAAUAAUCCAACCAGACCAUUCUUCCUCCUUGGAAACACCCACCAUUUCCUCCACAUCCCUUCUCUGCAACUGCAAAAGUUGCAAACUUCAUUUCCCUCUUGAGUCUGGAUUGGGCCAAAUUGGGUUGCUCUCUCCGCUGCCUGCCGGUUUUCUGUGCUGGGUACUGAAACCAUGAACUUCUGUUCGCACCCUCUAGAGUCGAGGUCUUAUGUUUGAAGAAAUCGGCAGAGCCCAACAGAUGAAUUAUUGUAUGGUGAUUUGUCUAUGAGGAAGACUGUUUGUUGAAUCUAAUUGGGGGGUUUCCAUUUUGAAGAAAAUUGCUGCUUUCGGUUAUGAACUAUUCACAAGACAAGUUUGUUAGGUUUCAAGAUUGGAGAUCAGAGAAAGUUCCGGAAUCGGAUUAUUCGCCCCGGGAUGGGUACCGUGGAAGAGUUAGCAUGAAGAUAAGCUCAUUCUCUGAUAAGUUCAGGAGAAGAUUGGAGUCUGGUUCAGAGAGCAUCAGUAGGAUUAGACAGACCUUGAAGUCAUACUCCUUUAACAAUGGUAGUUCGUCCGACAGCUCUAGUUCUAGAAAGAAGGUCCUUGAUCCACAGGGAGCUUUCCUACAGAAAUGGAACAAGAUAUUUGUGCUGUCAUGUUUCCUUGCUAUCUCCCUGGACCCGUUGUUCUUCUAUGUCCCGGUGAUUGACAAUGAUAAGCACUGCCUUAAAUUGGACAACAAGAUGCAGAUAACAGCGAGCGUGCUGCGUUCUUUCACAGAUAUAUUCUACAUACUUCACAUUGUCUUCCAGUUUCAUACUGGCUUCAUUGCACCUUCCUCCCGGGUUUUUGGAAGAGGUGUUUUGGUUAAGGACAGUUGGGCCAUCGCGAAGAGGUAUAUGCUUUCGUACUUCUUGAUCGACGUUCUUGCCUUGCUGCCAUUGCCACAGAUGGUGAUUCUAAUAAUCACUCCCAGGCUGCACGGAUCGAGAACUCUUAAUACUAAAAACUUGUUGAAAUUUGUUGUAAUCCUCCAGUAUCUGCCUAGGAUCAUGCGAAUUUAUCCGUUGUACAAGGAAGUUACACGAACCUCUGGCAUACUCACUGAAACUGCAUGGGCUGGAGCUGCAUUUAACCUCUUCCUUUACAUGCUUGCUAGUCAUGUAAGCUCCAGUGACCAAUUUCUGUUUAUUCUUCAGGUGCUUGGAGCAUUUUGGUACUUGUUCUCCGUGGAAAGACUAACAGUCUGCUGGAAGAAAGCUUGUGAUGCUAACUUGUGUGACCGGGUCACGCUGUACUGUGAUGGUCCUCGUGGCAAUCUGACAUUCUUGAACACUUCUUGUCCCGUCAAUCCUGAGAAUGCAGAUGUGUUCAAUUUCGGAAUAUUCCUCGAUGCCCUCCAGUCUGGUGUUGUGGCAUCUCACGAUUUCCCCAAGAAGUUAUUCUACUGUUUUUGGUGGGGGCUUCGCAAUCUCAGUUCUCUUGGUCAGAACCUUGCGACGAGCACAUUUGUCUGGGAAAUUUGUUUCUCGGUUGCGAUUUCGAUCUUUGGAUUGGUGCUGUUUUCUUUCCUCAUUGGGAAUAUGCAGACUUACUUGCAAUCUACGACAACUAGAUUGGAGGAAAUGAGAGUGAAGAGGCGAGACGCAGAGCAAUGGAUGUCCCAUCGUAUGCUCCCGGACAAUUUACGUGAGCGAAUCAGGCGCCACGAGCAGUACAAGUGGCAAGAAACCAGAGGAGUCGACGAAGAAAACCUCGUACACACUCUUCCAAAGGACAUUAGAAGGGACAUUAAGCGCCAUCUCUGCUUGGCACUCCUAAUGAGAGUGCCAAUGUUCGAGAAGAUGGACGAUCAGCUUCUCGAUGCAUUGUGCGACCGCCUCAAGCCAGCGCUCUACACGGAGGAGAGCUACAUUGUCCGCGAGGGAGAUCCUGUUGACGAGAUGCUGUUCAUCAUGAGGGGUAAACUCCUCACCAUGACAACAAACGGCGGAAGGACGGGCUUCUUCAACUCGGAGUACCUCAAAGCUGGCGAUUUCUGCGGUGAGGAGCUCCUCACGUGGGCCCUCGACCCACACACCUCGUCGAACCUACCCAUCUCCACUAGAACCGUUCGUACCAUCACGGAGGUCGAAGCUUUCGCACUGACCGCUGAAGACUUGAAGUUCGUGGCCUCACAGUUCCGUCGCCUGCACAGCAAGCAGCUUCGCCACACGUUCAGGUUCUACUCGCAGCAGUGGCGGACGUGGGCCGCCUGCUUCAUCCAAGCUGCCUGGCGAAGGUACAGCAAGAAGAAGCUCGAGGAGGCGCUGAGGCAGGAAGAGGACAGGUUGCAGGACGCGCUGGCCAAGGCGGGUGGGAACUCUCCUAGCCUCGGCGCUACCAUCUACGCGUCGAGAUUCGCCGCCAAUGCCCUGAGGCUGCUGAGACGAAACUCGACUCGUAAGGCGAGGAUCACUGAGAGGCUCCCUCCCAUGAUGCUGCAGAAGCCGGCGGAGCCUGAUUUUACUGCUGAUGAACGGUAGCUUGGGGAAGGGGGAAGUAAUCUGUUGAGAAUCUUUUUUUUUUGGGUUUUGGAGUAGCGUUCAGUCAAUCAACAUUCAACAACAGAAAGUACGAGGGAUGAUUGUUUCUUAUAAGUUAAUGUUGAGUUGAUUGUUUCCUGUAACCUGUACAAUAUUAAUGUAUAUAAGAAAUUUUCAAAUGGGGUUUGUUUCUUUCUUCCUGAAGUACUCGAUUAAGCCUUUCAAGCUUCAACUUUCUUAAACAACGAG